CAGCCGCGACCGCAGCGCCGGAGCCGCGUGUGCUCGCGCGCGCGCGGGGCGGCGGGCGGGCGGCGGCCCCGGUCCCCGCUGCGGCGGCUGCGGCACGGCGGGGACUCGGCAGAGAUGCCGUGCCGCCCGGGCGAGCGCUUCCUGCUGCUGGAGCGCCCGGUCGCCGUGGGACAGGCGGGCUCUAAGGAGGUGGACGCGCUUGUGGCCAAGCUGGGCGAGGUGCUGCAGCUGAGCGCCCAGCGGGCGCCGCCGCCGCCCCGCGCCCCCAAGCACCUGGGGCCGGGCAGCGCCCGCGACCGCGCCGCCCCUUACUCGCCGCGGUGCUGCAGCGUCGCCGGGGCCGGGGCCGGGCUGCUGGCGCCGCGGGGACCGGCCCCGCCGCAAGCUCACUCGCAACAUGUUGAGCCUCCGCGGCCGGACCGGAACGGGCAGCAGCGGGUGACCAAGCAGCUGUGCGGACGGGGCUGGCUGCGGAGCGCCGCCCGCCGGAGGAAGCAGCCUCCGCCGGGGCCGGGCGACGGGCCGGCGGAGGAGGAGGACCCGCACCGGCUCCUGCAGCAGCUCAUCCUUUCCGGCAACCUCAUCAAAGAAGCCGUCCGGCGGCUGCAACUGGCGGCGGCGGCGGCGGCAGCGGCGGCAUCCGCGGCCUCCAGCGGCAGCACCUCGGCGGGGAGCGGCGGCGCGGACGGCGAGGCGGCGGCGGCGGUGCAGCCCUGCAGUAGCCGGCGGGGACGAGCGGCGGCGGUGACCGGGGCGAAGGAGCGCGGCGGCGGCGGCGGAGCCCCCGCCGGGCGGGCUGCGGGAGCGCGGUGCGGGCUCCGCCAGGAUGUAAGGUGUCCCGGCGGCGGGGCCCCCGGGCCGGUGCCGGUUCGGGCGGGAGGGUGCCCGAGCCCCCCGCCCCAAGGUCACCCGCGGCGCGGAGCCCGUGGAGCCCCGGCCGGCGGGGCCGCGCACGCCGCCCGCCCCGAGCUGUUGUUGUGCCCCCCUCCCUGGUCUGCCUUCCCCGGGAGCUCCUCCUUCUCCUCCCCCCGCCGGGGCAGCCCGGCCGGGGCCGCGGACCCCCCCGCCGCCGUCCCCCGCUGCCGCGGAGCUGCUCCGUCUCCCAGGAGCCAUUUGCAAUAA